AUGAAUUUUCACUUUAGUUUACUGCUGCUGUAUGCUUUGCUGCUGAGCCUGGUACCCUUCUACAGUCACGCUAAACCGCUGCGUAAUCAUGAUAGGCCAGUGUUAGCGGAGCACCAUCGAUACAAACGACAAUUUUCGCUGAACUUUGGUGCCACACACGAGGACGGAUACGGUACCGACGUGAAUGCGGAAGCGAUCGCUAGCCUGUGGAAAAGCCAGAGCGGCAACACUAAGCUGGAUGGCUCGGCAAGCUACACGCAGCAUUUCGGUGGCCUUUCGGGCGAUGGUAAAGCGCGCAUUAGUGGACUGUUGACUUUCUCACACGGUUACUGAAACUGUCCUUUCGUCA